UUCUAGAACUCUUCCUCACUUUCUUUAUACCGCCCCACUUAUGUGUGUAUAUAUAUAUAUCAUAUUUUCUUUGCCUCCCACUAUUCAUUUAAAUUCCCCACAAUAACACGCCUCUGGAUUAAAAAUCCCCCAAAAAUUCAGAAUUUCGAAAGAAUAAUUUACUGAGUUUCUUCAAAGAAGGUAUGAUCGAUCUCGGGAUUGAAGAAUAUGAGAAGGCAAAUGGAAGUUGCUGAGUUCGCAAAGUACGACGUCGUCCACUCUCGCGUUUUCCUGUUCGGUUUUUACUGCUGGGGCUGGGAAUUCCUCACCGCUUUGUUGCUCUUUAGUUGCUGAUCUCUUGUUUUUGAUUUUGAUUUUGGAUCUUUUUUCUCGAAUUAAUAUACAAUUACUCGACGAGACUUAGUUUUUCUUUUUUAAUUUAAUAAUAUUGGGGGAAGAGUAUUGGAUUGGGGAUUGGUGAGGAAAAUGGCGCAGCGGUCAGUUCCGGCGCCGUUUCUGACGAAGACAUAUAAUUUGGUGGACGAUCCGGCCAGCGACGACGUCAUCUCGUGGAACGAGGCUGGCACGGCGUUCGUGGUUUGGAAAACCGCGGAAUUCGCCAAGGAUUUAUUACCGAAUUAUUUCAAGCACAACAAUUUCUCCAGCUUCGUUCGUCAGCUUAAUACCUAUGGUUUCCGAAAAACCGUUCCAGACAAAUGGGAAUUUGCUAACGAAAACUUCAAGCGAGGGCAGAAAGAGCUCCUCGUUCAAAUUCGCCGUCGGAAAACUGCAACAACUACGCAGAAUCCGGCCAACGGGAGAGCCGGGGCUGGGGCCGGUGACAAUCUAGCUUCGCCGGCAACCUCCGGCGAAGACUUGGGCUCAAGCUCGACCUCAUCUCCGGACUCCAAGAACCCCAGCUCGCUGGAGACUCAGGCGACCGCCCAGCUUGCGGACUUAUCCGGCGAGAACGAGAAGCUGCGUAAAGACAAUCAAAUGCUCAGCUAUGAACUAGCGCAGACCAAGAAACAGUGCGAUGAGCUGAUUGCUUUCCUGACGCAGUGCGUGAAGGUGGCACCCGAUGAGAUCAGCCACAUUAUGAACCUCGGGGCCGGCUACGGGAAUGCUGACUGUGGCGAUGACGAAGAUAAUGACGAAAAUGAUAAGUGCAUGAAACUGUUUGGAGUUGUGGUGAAGAAGAAGCGGGGAUGCUGCAGCGGGGGCGGUGCUGAUUUGUGUGGGCCGCAUAAGAAACAGAUGAAACCAUGGAUGGAGAGCAAUAAGGUUUGUAACUAAUCGUUUCAUUAGGUAGUGCAGAGAUGGAUUAUUGUUGUUUAGGCUUGUAAACUGGAUCAAAGAGAAUUCCAGAGCCACUCUUUUUUCUUUCUUUGUUAUCCAAAGUGGUGGAAGAUCAAAAGCAAAUGGGUUUUCCUUCGCUGAUGUAUAUUUCCGUCAAGACAUGAACAAUAUCACGUAUUCUUUCUGCUUGGUUUACAUACGAUAUGGUAAUAAUAUAUCUUUAUGGAUA